AUGGUUCUGGACUAUUUAAACAACGCUUUGGAAGUGAAUUCCGAAUCCAAAAGCGUGGAAAAGCAAAUCUAUUUCAAUUAUGAUGCAGUUUUGGAGAAGUUGAAAGAUGAAGUGAAGACAUGGAGCUUUAUGUAUCGGAAAGGAAGUGCAAAAUAUGAGUUCGAAGAUAGCAACUCUGCAACGUUCUUCUUGAGCUAUUCCUGGAGUUUGCUGAAACGGUAUGCCAGCGAUCUUGAGUUUGUAAAUUAG